AUGAAACGAACAGAACGUAGCUGGAUGUAUGAAAGGAAGGUUGGACAUUCUAUUAAUCCGGAUUUUGUGAAAGGGGUAGAUGAAUUCCUUAAAUACGUGAAAGAUCAUCCCGAGAGCAGCAACCCGAAUGAAGUUAGGUGUCCAUGUUUUAAAUGUAAGAACAAGUGGCUAUGGGAUGCGGAAACGGUUAAAAUUCAUUUGUAUCGCAAGGGUUUUGUGCCUAAUUACUAUGCGUGGAUGUUUCAUGGGGAAGGGUUUCCGGGAGUUCCUGAAGGGCCGUCAAAUGAAUACCGUGAAAUGGUUUUCGAUGCUUUUGGUCAUAAUGAAGAUCAAGGGCAUUCUAAAGAGGUAGAGGAGGAGCCUAAUGCACAAGCUAAGCAUUUCUUAGACUUGUUAAAAGCUUCCGAACAACCAUUAUACGAAGGGAGUUCGUUGUCUGUCUUAGAGAUGGAUACCCGAAUUACUAGUCUUAAGUGCGAAUAUAAAUUGCCCCAUAGAUGUGUUAAUGGGUUUGCUUCUUUGGUCAAUGAGGCUAUUCCUAACAACAACCAUAUGGCCGAUACAUUCUAUGAGGUGAAGAAGAUUGUAAAGGGGCUGGAGUUGCCUCAUGAAAAGAUUCAUGCAUGCCCGAAAGGAUGUAUGCUAUUUUGGAAGGAUGUUGUUCAGCUAUCUUCAUGUCGAGUGUGUGGUAGCGACCGAUACAAGAAGACUUCCAAAGGUAGCUUAGUGCCUUUCAAUGUUUUAAUUUACUUUCCGAUCACACCGAGAUUGCAAAGGCUCUAUGCAACCAAGACCAUUUCGGAGGAAAUGACAUGGAAUUUGAAAAAUCCUCGAGUUUAA